AUUCAAGAACUUACAUAUUAUCAAAUAAACUUCCAAUAGAAAUGUGUAUGACUUCUAACGUCGUUUGCAACACUGUAAAGGAUUACAAUGAGCAUCAUAUCAAAAGUUUCCUGUCUAUCAAACAUCCCUGCUGCUUAAGCACCGAUGACAAAGGUGUAUUCUUUUCGGAUCUUUCGACCGAAUAUGCAAUUGCGUCUUCAGUCUUUUCGCUUUCGGCAAAGCAAUUAUUCGAUCUUUCUUAUCAAUGCAUCGAUUAUAUCUUUGAAGACAACGUCAAAGACCAAUUAAAAAAUCUCUGGGUCGAUUGGUAUAAAACACGUGAACAGUUUUUUACAGAACGUGUGGUUCAAAAUAGUCAUUAG